AUGGCCUCGGUACCGAGGGAGCGGUUCGUGCGGGCGGCAGACCGGCACGUGGCGUACGAUGACAUCGCGCUCGGAAUCGCUGGGGGCCAGACAAUUUCCCAACCGACGAUCGUCGCUAUUAUGAUCCAGGAGUUGGAGUUGCGAAGGUUCGACCGAGUGCUUGAGAUCGGCACUGGCAGCGGGUAUCAGGCUGCUAUUCUGGGCGAGUUGGCGCGGGAGGUGGUGACCGUCGAGCGAGUCCCGGAGCUAGCUGAAUCGGCGCGACAGUUGCUGGGUCGUCUGGGAUACGACAGCAUCCGGAUUGAGCAGGCGGGAGGGAUUCUUGGUCGUCCGGAAGAUGCUCCGUUCGAUGCCAUCGUCGUGGCUGCGGCAGCGCCGAGGGCUGCCCCAGACGCUGAUAAGCCAGCUCGAAGUCGGGGGCAGACUAAUCAUCCCGGUCGGUAG